UAUCUCCCCACUACACAGCUGUCGCGAACAUCGAACAACAAGGAAACAAUCCGGAUGCUCACCCUGAUUAAAGUGCCUGGCAAGAGAAAGCGCAAGCAGCACACUGAUAAUGCAGAUGGCGAGAACAAGCUAUCUCGGCCCAAGGGAAGGCCACGAAAAGAAACGAUUAAGAAAAUAAAGGCGUCAGCAUCCGCGUUAGACUCUGGCACGGCAUCCAGACAAUCACCACAAGAUAAUUUCACGACGAAUCGGUCUAUGACCUCGCUCGAGAGACUACCCACAGAGCUUCUCGAGAAGAUAUUCCUUGUGUCGUUGAACUUCAAUCUACCGAGAUCAAGUCCGAUAAUAGGCAUUAAACUGUCUAAUCAGUAUAUAUAUACUACGACAACUGUGGCGAUAUUUGAACCGACAUGGAGAUACAACUAUGGGCUUCUGUACGAAGGGGGAGGAACCGCCUCCGAUUCUGUUGAUGGGGGAGAUAUACCGGGAGAUCCCGAAUUGCAGAGCUCAUUGCUUCGGUGCCAGUGGGCAACGGUGUUCAUGAUACAACAAGCUGAGAAAGCAUGGCUGUUGACCGUACCCCCAAAGCAAGUGAAACAGGAAGUUGAAGGAGUGGCCCAAGCAAGAAGCCAUUCGCCGGCUUUUGAUUCUGAGCAACUUGUCCAUACGGAAACUCGUACUCCCGCGGAAAGGCUUUCUGGCGAUUCUGAACCUCAUAACUUUGAUGAACAAUAUGCCGAAUUUUUACGACUCACACACCCGGAGGCAGCAAGAGAGGAAGGCAUGACUACGAGGCCAACAUUUCGAUGGAAAACACCCCACAAGAUCCACCCCCAAACUGAGAUACCCGAGAGUCUUUUACGGGGCCCUUGGUCUCCUGAUAUGGUGAUGUACCUGUUCUGGUUGACUCGAGCUGGGGCUACGAUCGAUUAUUCGGCGUCCACCAAUGGAGAGGUAGCACGGCAAGGCCUUGAUCAGGCUAUACUUGAUGGCAAUUUGCAAAUUUUGUACUUGCUCCAUUGUCUUGGGAUCGAGACGACUGUACAUGAGGACAUCUUAGAAUCGGCAGUGCGGACUUGUUCUGGCAACAAUGCCGUGAUGUACCGAGUCUUUCAUAUCCUCGCAAGCAAGUACCCAGGCGAAAGUUCCUCGUGGGACAAAUGGCUCGAUGAUAUCUUAGAUUUCGCUGAAAAACUGGGCCAGAACAGAGAGGAGAAACGACAACAGAGGAUAUGGUGGGAAGGCUUUGUUUCGUUUUUGAACGAGCCAGAGCUAAAACUCUAGAAGAAACGAAUUAUGUAAUAGAAUAAUAAUAAAUAAUAAUAAAUAAUAAAACUUCAAA